AUCUUUCAGUAUGUGCUCUGGUGUAUAAAGUUUCUGCCAAGCCAGUGACUACCCGUUAGUCACCAUGACGACCAAACAGCCUCCCCCUCUGAUGAAGAAGCACAGCCAGACGGACCUUGUGAGCCGUUUGAAGACAAGGAAGAUCCUAGGGGUUGGUGGGGAGGACGAUGAUGGAGAAGUUCAUAGAUCAAAGAUCAGUCAAGUCUUGGGCAAUGAAAUAAAGUUUGCUAUGAGGGAACCCUUGGGGCUCAGGGUUUGGCAAUUUGUGUCGGCCGUCAUAUUUUCCGGGGUUGCCAUUAUGGCUCUCACAUUUCCUGAUCAGCUCUACGAUGCUGUCUUUGAAGAAGAGUCUGUCAACAGCAAGACGCCCAUCCGUCUGUAUGGAGGAGCCUUGCUUAGCAUCUCCCUCAUCAUGUGAAAUUCUCUAUACACAGCUGAGAAGAUCAUCAUACGUUGGACCUUACUGACAGAAGCAUGCUAUUUUGGAAUACAGUUCUUGGUGACCACCAUCACCCUGGUCGAGAAUGGCCGGGCAUCCCUGGGAGCCGCACUCCUACUCAUCAGCAGAGUCCUCUUCGUCUGCAUCAGCAUUUAUUAUUAUUAUCAAGUUGGACGCCGGCCCAAGAAAGUGUAAUUCCUAAGGCUUCCCAAGGGUGGGGGCU